GCACUCACGCUCUGCUCGUAUUGUUGUCAAACAGACGCGGUUCGGUGACGGUUCUGGAUUAACGCUGUGCUGCAGAGACACAAGGGAGAAGAUCUGCUCUCGUCCCGGCUUCUCCUCCUCCUCGGUGCCGCUGGAUGAGCCACCAGAACCGCUAUUGCCAUGACCACAGAUGAGGUGGAAAGUCACCAGAAGCCAAAGAAGCAGGAGGAAGUCGGGCAGGAUGCUCGGCCCCCGUCUCCUGAAGAUGAGCAGCUCCAGCCCAGGAACCGUAACUCCGCCGGCCGGGGUCUCUCGCGCCUCUUCUCCUCCUUCCUGAAACGGCGUUCCCACUGUGACAGCGAAGGGGGGGACAGGGCAGACAAGGACGAAGAAGAGGCUAAAGCCCCCAUUGCUGACCCCGAGCCUGAACUGAAGAUCGAGGGAGAGGUUGCCCUGGACCAGCAUUCAGUCAGCAGCGCCGAGGCUCAGGCUCUCCAGGUGGAGAAGAAGGAAGCUGAGGAGGAGCUGGGGAUGAAGGAGAAGGAGAAGAAUGAUGAGAAGGGAGAAGCAGUUCUUCUGGAGAAAGAAGAGGAUAAAGAGAAGGAGUCGGGUCCUGAAAGUGGGGAAAAGGAAGAAAAGAAGGAGACGACAGCAGAGGACGAGGCCAAACCACCCAGAGCUCCUCGCCGGCCGAAGAGCCUGCAGAUCAGAGUCACCCUGCUGGACGACGCGCUGUACGAGUGCGAGCUGGAUAAACAUGCCAAAGGUCAGGAUCUGUUCAUGAGUGUAUGUGACCACCUCAACCUGCUGGAGAAAGACUAUUAUGGUCUGGCCAUCUGGGCGACACCCACUAUGAAGACAUGGAUGGACCUGACCAAAGAGAUUCGCAGACAGGUACAAGGUGACAACUAUAAUUUCACUUUUAAUGUGAAAUUCUACCCACCGGAUCCAGCCCAGCUAUCCGAAGACAUAACAAGGUACUACCUGUGUUUACAGCUGAGGAAGGACAUCCUACAGGGCCGCCUGCCUUGUUCCUUUGUCACCCUGGCUCUGCUGGGCUCCUACGCCCUGCAGUCCGAGCUGGGCGAGUAUGACCCUGAGCUCCAUGGACACGAAUAUGCCAAGGACAUGAAAAUGGCCCCCGGUCAGACCAAAGAGCUGGAGGACAAGAUGAUGGAGUUGCAUCAUACGUACAGAUCAAUGAGUCCAGCCCAAGCUGACCUGAUGUUCCUGGAGAAUGCCAAAAAGCUCUCCAUGUACGGAGUGGACCUCCACCAUGCUAAGGAUCUGGACGGUGUUGACAUCAUGCUCGGGGUCUGCUCCGGCGGUCUCAUGGUUUAUAAAGACAAACUGAGGAUCAACCGUUUCCCUUGGCCCAAAGUCCUCAAGGUCUCGUACAAGCACAGCAGCUUCUUCAUCAAAAUCCGUCCAUCUGAGACCGAGCAGUAUGAGAGCGCUAUUGGCUUCAAACUGCCCAAUUACAAAGCAGCUAAGAAGCUGUGGAAGGUGUGUGUUGAACAUCACACCUUUUUCAGGCUGACCUCCACUGAGAUGGCCACCACUCCCAGGAAGUUCCUCGCUCUGGGCUCAAAGUUUCGUUACAGUGGACGGACCCAGGCCCAGACAAGACAGGCCAGCUCUCUGAUCGACAGGCCGGCUCCUCUGUUCCAGCGCACGUCCAGCAAGAGGAACUCACGCAGUCUGGAUGGAGCCAUGGCCUCCACUCCUGACAACAAGUCCACUCGUCCAGUCAGCGCCCCCGUCACAACCCCAGUGUCUCCAGGGGAGGCCGCCCCAUCCCCGAUGCUGUCCACCCUGCCUCGACCUGACCACCAUGACGGCUCGACACCCAAAGGCCAGCGCCAUGAAGACAGAAAGAUAGACCCGAAAAGGGAAUGUAGGCUGGAGGGCACCAAGAGCCACAGCCCCAAAACCCCGUCUGCCCUAGAAAUCAAGACUGGGUCCAGAAGAGACAGGAGGCACUCUCCAGCUCUGACGAGUGGGGAAAAAGAGAGGAAGAGCCAGGACAGGAAGAUGGAAAUGGUUCGAGUCAGGAAGAAGAAAUCCAAAAGACUCGAGGGCGAAACUAUUUAUAUCAGGCAUAGCAAUUUAAUGUUGGAGGACCUGGACAAGACCCAGACAAAGAGUGAGCUCAUGCGUCACCACAGCAGCAUCAGUGAGCUAAAAAAAAGUUUCAUGGAGUCUGUUCCAGCACCUAGACCCAGUGAGUGGGACAAGCGUCUUUCCACCAACUCACCACUUCGCACAGUGAGCAUCAACGGCCAGCUGCAACCAGCGUCUCCUGUGCUAAAGGCCCAGACUGUCACCAUCUCAGACGUCUCCAACUCCCUACGAGGAACCGUGGCCUACAAGGACGUCCCGUUAGUUCACACUGAAACCAAGACCAUCACCUACGAGUCUGCACAGCCUGUGGAUAGCCUUCCAGAGAAGGACCCAGGAGUACUGCUGAGUGCCCAGACAAUCACCUCUGAGACCGUCAGCACCACCACCACAACUCAGAUCACCAAGACGGUAAAAGGUGGGAUCUCUGAGACCCGAAUUGAAAAGCGUAUCGUUAUUACUGGAGACACGGCCAUCGAUCACGACAAGGCUUUGGCUCAGGCCAUUAAAGAGGCAAAGGAGCAGCACCCAGAUAUGUCUGUCACUAAAGUGGUUGUGCACCAGGAAACAGAAAUCACCCCCGAGUAAGAAGCUGGAUCUCAGAUACCCCCUCUCCUUCUGACUUGUGUCUCUGUAACAACGUUUUACCUCAGCGGCCCAAGUCCCAACAUCCAGCUGCAGGAAAGACCCGACCCAACUAGGAGGAACCUCAGCUCCACGUGAGAUGCAGUCACCAAGACCUUCCCAAGAACUUUUUCAGAAUUCCCAACAACCCCCUUUUAUUCUAUUUUCUACCAGUAG